CAGCUAAUGGGCCUAAAUCUGGAGAACUUAAUGAAAAAGGCGAAGAAAAAAGCAAAAACAUGAACAAGUUACCAAACCAACACGGCACAUCCAAAAAAUAUAAAUCCCAAAACUCGCAGCAUUGUCCUAAACCACCUGAUUUCUCUGUGACAUUUCAUCGAACACAAAACCAGCAUUACUUCUCUCGCUAGAAAACUCACAGCAAAACACAAAAUAUGUCGCUGAGACCCAGCACAAGAACAGAGGUCCGCAAGAAAUCUUAUAAAACAGGCGUAGAUGCUGAUGAGGCACGACGGAGAAGAGAAGAUAAUUUAGUGGAGAUCAGAAAAAAUAAGCGAGAAGAUAAUCUUUUGAAAAAACGACGAGAAGGGCUUUUGCUUCAAUCGCCCAAUUUGCUUGAUCCUUCUCAAAAUGCUGCCGCGAUUGAAAAAAGGUUAGAGAGUAUACCCGUGAUGGUUCAAGGAGUAUGGUCGGAUGAUCCUGCUUCUCAGUUGGAAGCAACUACUCAAUUUAGAAAGUUGUUAUCAAUUGAACGCAGUCCUCCAAUUGAUGAAGUAAUUAAAGCAGGUGUUGUCCCACGGUUUGUGGAGUUUCUUAGAAGGAAUGAUCUGCCACAGUUACAAUUUGAGGCAGCAUGGGCUUUGACAAAUGUUGCAUCCGGGACAUCAGAGCAUACACGGGUUGUCAUUGAGCAAGGUGCAGUUCCUAUGUUUGUGCAGCUUCUUGGUUCCGCAAGUGACGAUGUCAGAGAGCAGGCUGUGUGGGCUCUAGGUAAUGUUGCUGGUGACUCUCCAAGCUGCAGGGAUCUUGUUCUUGGUAAUGGCGCUCUAAUGCCAUUGCUAUCCCAGUUAAAUGAACAUUCAAAACUUUCCAUGCUUCGCAAUGCUACCUGGACAUUAUCGAAUUUCUGCCGUGGCAAGCCACCAACGCCAUUUGAACAGGUGAAGCCUGCAUUGCCAAUUCUCAGGCAACUAAUCCACUUGAAUGAUGAAGAAGUUCUGACAGAUGCUUGCUGGGCUCUCUCCUAUCUUUCUGAUGGUCCAAAUGACAAAAUUCAAGCUGUGAUUGAGGCUGGUGUUUGCCAACGACUAGUGGAGCUUCUACUUCAUCCAUCACCUACAGUUUUAAUACCUGCCCUUCGCACUGUGGGAAACAUAGUUACGGGUGAUGAUUCUCAGACUCAGUUUAUAAUUGAGAACCGAGCUCUUCCCUGCCUCCAUCAACUGCUCAUUCAAACUCACAAGAAAAGUAUCAAGAAAGAAGCUUGUUGGACGAUUUCAAAUAUUACAGCUGGAAAUAAAUUACAGAUACAGGCUGUUAUUGAGGCCAAUAUUAUCCCUCCCCUUGUGCACCUUCUCCAACAUGCAGAGUUUGACAUUAAGAAAGAGGCUGCAUGGGCUAUCUCAAAUGCUACCUCUGGAGGGUCACAUGAACAAAUUCAAUAUCUAGUCAACCAAGGCUGCGUUAAGCCCCUCUGUGAUCUUCUAAUAUGUCCGGACCCAAGGAUCGUUACAGUUUGCCUCGAGGGCUUGGAGAACAUUCUAAAGGUGGGUGAAGCCGACAAGGAAAUGGGAAUCAACGACGGGGUCAAUCUUUAUGCACAAAUGAUCGAUGAAUGUGAAGGACUUGAUAAAAUUGAAAAUCUGCAAACUCAUGACAACAAUGAAAUUUAUGAAAAGGCGGUGAAGAUUUUGGAGAGGUAUUGGGCCGAGGAAGAUGAUGAACAGAAUAAUGGCCAAGAUGGUGGUGGGGAUCCCAAUCAGCAGGGUUUUGCUUUCGGAACCAACCAGGCAACUGUUCCUCAAGGUGGCUUCAAAUUUGGGUGAGGUGGUGGGUAUGAGGCUCUGUGUAUUCUUCUUCUAGUAUUAUUUUUUUUCUCGAAUCACUUAGCUUUUUAGGUGUUUUGCUUGCUUGGGAUGUUAUAAAAUGUCUAGUAUACUUAUUCUUAUUGCUGCCGAGGGUCAGGGUUUUUGGUCUGGCACAUAGGCCUUUCUAUUAUUUAUUUGUGGGGUUUUCUCAAAUGUGUUCCAAACUCUAUUCUUUUCCUAUUAUUUCAUAGGGAAAAAAAUGAUAUCUAUUGUUGUCUUUAUGAGAAAUUAAUCAGAAAUGUCUUAUUAUUUUUUUGCAA